AUGGGCGGGGCCUGGCUGGGGUUAUAUAAGCGCGCUGCGGGCGGAAGGCUGGGCGUGGGGGUCGGUGGCUGCUGGGCGGGCAGGGCGCAGGCCGCGGGACCCGAUCCCGGGGGAGCGAGAGAGCGGAGGCGCCGAGGAGCCGAUUCACUCGCUGGGGAGACUUAUGGGCCGAAGCCGUGUAAAUGCGUUUUAAGCAGGGGCCUCGGCUCCGCAACUGCCACUCCUCCUCGGGGUGUUGCACAAGUUCCGAGGUCACCGGCGACCCCCCCUAGCAGCGCGCCUGGCUCUGGCCCCCGCGAAGGAGGACGGAGCUUGUGUGUUGCAUACUUUCUAAGGCGGCGGCUGCAGCAGCGGCUCCAUCCAGCCCGUCAGCUCCUCCUGCAAGGCAUGGCUGGCUACCUGAGUGAAUCGGACUUUGUGAUGGUGGAGGAGGGCUUCAGUACCCGAGACCUGCUGAAGGAACUCACUCUGGGGGCCUCAGAGGCCACCACGGACGAGGUCGCUGCCUUCUUCGUGGCUGACCUGGGUGCCAUAGUGAGGAAGCACUUUUGCUUUCUGAAGUGCCUGCCACGAGUCCGGCCCUUUUACGCUGUCAAGUGCAACAGCAGCCCAGGUGUGCUGAAGGUUCUGGCCCAGCUGGGGCUGGGCUUCAGCUGUGCCAACAAGGCAGAGAUGGAGUUGGUCCAGCAUAUUGGAGUCCCUGCCAGUAAGAUCAUCUACGCCAACCCCUGUAAGCAAAUUGCACAGAUCAAAUAUGCUGCCAAGCAUGGGAUCCAGCUGCUGAGCUUUGACAAUGAGAUGGAGCUGGCAAAGGUGGUAAAGAGCCACCCCAGUGCCAAGAUGGUUCUGUGCAUUGCUACUGAUGACUCCCACUCCCUGAGCCGCCUGAGCCUGAAGUUUGGAGUGUCACUGAAAUCCUGCAGACACCUGCUUGAAAAUGCCAAGAAGAGCCAUGUGGAGGUGGUGGGUGUGAGUUUUCACAUUGGCAGUGGCUGUCCUGACCCUCAGGCCUAUGCUCAGUCCAUCGCAGAUGUCCGGCUCGUGUUUGAAAUGGGCACCGAGCUGGGUCACAAGAUGCACGUUCUGGACCUUGGUGGCGGCUUCCCUGGCACAGAAGGGGCCAAAGUGAGAUUUGAGGAGAUUGCUUCUGUGAUCAACUCAGCCUUGGACCUGUACUUCCCAGAGGGCUGUGGUGUGGACAUCCUUGCUGAGCUGGGGCGCUACUACGUGACCUCGGCCUUCACCGUGGCAGUCAGCAUCAUUGCCAAGAAGGAGGUUCUGCUGGAUCAACCUGGCAAGGAGGAGGAAAAUGGUUCCACCACCAAGACCGUUGUGUACCACCUUGAUGAGGGCGUGUAUGGGAUCUUCAACUCAGUCCUGUUUGACAACAUCUGCCCUACCCCCAUCCUGCAGAAGUCUAAGAGCCACCCACCCUGUGCAUGUCUCUAGAGUUCAUUCAUUUCACUGCUGUGUAGCGCUCUUUUGGUGAGUAUGCUGCAGUUUAUUUGUCCAUUCUCCUCUCAAGGCAUUUGGACUGUCUUUGGGUUUUUGCUACUGUGAAUACUGCCACUGUGAAUUCUUGUUCCUCUCUCUCUGAUGAGUGAGCAAGGAGUGGAAUGGUUGGGCACAGGGCAUGUGAAUGCUUGGCUUCAAGAGACAGUGCCAGUUUUCUGAAGUGUUGACUGACAAUCCCACCAGCAGUGUGUAAGAGACUCAGUGGCUCUGCGUUUUCCCCAGCACGGGGUAUUGCCAGACUGAAAACACUUUCUCAGUGGAAUGGAUGUAAAAUGGUAUCUCACUGUGUCUUGAUUUGCAUUUCCCUCAUCACUAGCAAAGCUGGACAUCUCUUUGUAUAUUUACUGGCCAAACGUGUUUCCAGGAACUUCUUCCAGGGACUUUGUAAGUUGGCAUUGCCCUUCAUGUCUGAAUUUCUCCACUGAGUGGUCUGUACCCACUGCCCCUGCUCACUCAGCUCCCUUAGCCCUUCCAACCUCUCCAGUCAGGAACCUGUUCCAUGAUGCCAUGGAAGAUGCUCUUGAAAGUCACUUCCAUGCUGCUAGCUCUUCCAUGUGGCUCUUCUGUCCCAGCAGCUGGUCCUCCUCUGUUUUCAUGCUCACCUCUCCUGGCUUCUGUGGCAACAUCCUGGGCCUUGGCUACUCUUCUGCUGUUCUCACCUUGUCUCCUUGGCACUUCUUCUGCUCACCCUUUAAGUGUUGACUGUCUCGGGCCUCAGUCCUUGAUCUUCUCUGUCUAUGUGCACUUCCUAAGUAAAUGCUUCCAGACUGAGGCUCUUAGUAUCUUCCAUACUAUCCUCACUGCCACAUUUCUAUCUCUACCCUGGAUCGCACCCCUGAGCUCCAGACUUGUACAUCCAGCUACCCACUUGACAUUCCUACUGGGAUUUCACAGACAUCUCAAUUCACUUGUUCAGAACUGAACUCUUGAUUUCCAACCACAACUUCUCUCGGUAAAUAGCACUGCCACUAGCCAACUGCUGAAGCUAAAAACGUUGGCAUUAUUCUUGAUUCUUGCUUUCCCUCUCCUUCCACAUGCAGUCCACCUGCAAUUCUUGAGUGUAGUUCCAAAAUACAUUUUGAAUUCAGUGAAUUCUUUCUCUGUCACCACCCUAAUGCAAGCCACCAUUGCCUCCUGCUUGAGCUACUGCAGUAACCAUUAACUGGUUUUCUGGCCCCUACUCCUACCUGCUUACCACCCAUUUUCCACGCUGCAGACAGAAUGAUCUUUUAAAAUCCCAAAGACUAUGCCCCUCCUCUGCUUAACACCUUCCCACUGCUCUCAGAAUAAAACCUAGACUCUUUACCACAACCAGCAAGGCACCCGCCAUCUUCCCAGCCACCUCUUGCCUCACUCCUGUCCCUGUUUUCAGCUCCACUUACCAGCUCCAGCCCCACUCCCCUCCUUUCUGUUUUUGUAACACCUAAGUUGUUUCUGCUCUCAGGGCCUUUGCAUUCGCUCUGCCCAGAGUGCUCUUUCACUCGCCCCUGAGACAGCUGCUGUAUUCUCUUUCUUAUGUCUCAGCUCAGAUGUCACCUCGUCAGGGAGGCCUUUCCUGACUGCCCUCUCUAAAGUAGGCUCACCUCCCUCAAUCAGAUAAUUUUGAUACCCUGCUUAUUUUCUUCACAGCCCAUCAUAAUCUGUUAAUUAUCAUGUUUUUGUUUACUUGCCUAUAGUCUGUCUGCUCCAUUAGCAGGUAGGCUCUAUGAGGGCAGCCACCUUGUCCAAUUAGUUUCCUCUGAGUUCCCAGCACUAGACACAGUGCCUGGCACAUAGUAGGUGCUCACUAAAUAUCUGUUGAAUGAAUUGUGAAUGAAUGAAUCAAUCAUUCAAUAAACUGUGAGACCCUUGAGGGUCUCAUAUCUGUUCAUAUCUGUUUCCCUAGUACAGAACUUGGCACACAGCAGGUUUAGUAUAUGUUGGAAUUGAAUAGUUUUUUUUUUUUUUGAGAUGGAAUCUCACUCU